AUGGAGUAUACUCGUUUGGGCAAAUCUGGGCUCAAGGUCUCCAAGAUUAUCCUCGGCGCCAUGUCGUUCGGAAGCAGUCAGUGGCAGGACUGGGUUCUCGACGAAGAAGCCGCAUUGCCCAUAAUUGAACAUGCGUACAAGUCCGGGAUCAAUACUUGGGACACGGCGGACAUAUAUUCCCACGGCGAAAGUGAAAGACUCCUUGGACAGGCAUUGAAGACAUACAACAUCCCGCGUGAGAACGUUGUCAUCCUCACAAAGGGGUAUUUUGCUCUGAGUCAGGACGGCAGUCAACUCCCACUGUCAGAGUGUAUGGUCAAUGAUGGGUCCUUGACAAACAGAGUCGGUCUAAGUCGCAAGAAGCUGUUCGAUGCGGUUGAAGCAUGCGUAGCAAGACUUGGUACCUACAUCGACGUUUUCCAGAUUCACAGACUCGACAGAGAUGUGCCAAAAGAGGAGAUCAUGCGAGCGCUUAACGACCUUGUGGAAAGCGGAAAGAUUCGCUACAUAGGGGCAAGCUCGAUGUCAGCCUGGGAGUUCCAGCAACUACAAAACAUCGCCGAGAAGAACAAUUGGCACAAAUUCAUCAGCAUGCAAAACUAUUUGAACCUACUCUACCGAGAAGAAGAAAGAGAAAUGCUGCCAUACUGUGAAAACACAGGCGUGGGCAUUAUACCCUGGUCGUCCAUGGCCGGAGGGGUUCUCGCACGGCCCUGGGGUUCAGCUACCAAGCGAUCAGAGAAUGACAAACACAAACUACCCUACGGUGCCGUAGAGGUGCAGAAAGCCGUCCUUGAGCGAGUGGAAGAGCUAUCGCAGAAGAGGGAUGUACCAAUGAGCGCAAUAUCAACGGCCUGGGUUUUGCAAAAGGGAGCUUGUCCAAUCUUGGGAUUGGGAUCAAAGGAUAGAAUCGAUGAUGCAAUCCUGGCACUGAGCGUCAAGUUGACCCAAGAAGAGAUCGACUACCUAGAGGAGCCUUAUCAGCCGCGAUCUGUUACAGGCUACUAAAUCGAAUUGAUAACCAGUCAUAGUAUUUGACUCCUUCGGAUUUUACCCCGUGAAUUUCCAUGUUUUGACUGUUGAGAGAGAUACUGGCAUCGCCACAAUUGAGAUGACGACGUGUAGACCCUUCCGCCUUAUCUGCACCCUGGUCUUUCACUACGGAGCUGCCGAC